AUGGUCGGCGUCACCCCAGCUAUUGAGGCUGGACAGGCCGCUACCCCAGAGGGUGCCCUACGCAAGCUCCUUCUUGCGACUGCUGAGCUUCUGAACCAGUACAUGCCAAAGCUCGGCUCUCACCAGCGUGUCAUUCACGGUGGCGGAGUCUUCGAUGAGGACGUGAUAAACCCAGAUCUCAUCGAGGCGCAGAAGAAGGCUACCUAA